UGUUGGAGGUGAGGUCGCUGGUUCCAGGCAAGUGUGGAGUCAGUCUGGUCGCGUCGGUCAGCGUGGUCGGACAUACACACACACACAGACACACAGACACAGACAGGCAGGCGACGGCCACAGCGGUACACACACUCACACGCACCUAAGAGCGACAGAGAAAAUUUGAAUGUGUCGGGCUGCAGGAUCAAAGGCUCCGUGUGGCACAGCAACAGGUGUCCUAGCAAUAAACUCACAACGGGAGCCACAGCAACAGAGGCGACGUGCGCCACAGCAAAACAAGUGACGUGCGCAUUAGCAUCACAGCCGGCGUCGGGUGCCACAGCAACACAGGCAACAGACGCCAGAUCAACACAGGAAAGCGCAGGAUGAGGCUCUUGGUGACGGUAGCGACGGCGACGCUGAUGGCGGUGUGUCUGGCGGGGCCACACCCACUCCUCCAGCUGGCAAUAGAAGCAGAAGCAGGGGACGCAGCAGUAGAAGCAGCUGGCGGUCACUUCAACCAAUCAGUCUUAUCGCGUUCCAGACGCCAAGCGACGGAAGACAAUCCAGGAGAUGCCCAAGAUGACACCGCCCCUGAGGAUGUCCAGCCACAGCCUCCGCCGGACCCAGAGGAGCCAGAGACUGAACUUCCUUCUGAGCCUCAACCUCCACCAGAACCCCAAACACCUCCAGGACCCCAAACUCCCCCAGAACCUCAAACUCCUCCCGCGCCCCAAGCUCCUCCAGAACCCCAAGCUCCUCCAGAGCCCCAAAUUCCAGCAGAAUCCCAAACUCCUCCAGAAUCUCAAACUGCUCCAGAACCCCAGACCCCUCCGCGACCCCAGCAGACUCCUCCACGGCCUCAGCAGACCCCUCCACGGCCUCAGCAGACCCCUCCACAGCCCCAGCAGACCCCUCCACGACCUGGAGCACAGCCUCAGGGCCGUCCACCCAAGCAGCCACAAGCACAACCACCACCGCGGCGCCAGCGUCCAGCACAACAAGUGAACGCCAGUUCCGAGCAGCCGGGUGCUUCAGACUUGUGCGACUUCGGCAGCAGUCCGACGGUGUCCCUGUGCAACUGGACCAACCUGAAGGUGACGCAGCUGCAGUGGCAACCCUCGCAAGGCCAGAACGCCUACUGGAUAGGAGGCCCGAAGGAAGACGUUAGUUAUGGCGACGACCAGGGAGGGUAUGCCGUGUUCGAGACGUCCCAGAUCCCAGAGAGACAGAUCGGGCAGCCCAACUUCGAGUCUGCGAUGCUCAUGUCUCCUCUGAGGAAGUCCACGGGACCCAAGGGCAUGUGUAUAAAGUUCUGGUACUCGAUGGCUGGCCUGAGUCCGGACCGUCUACGGGUCCUGCUGCACCCGGUGACCGGCAACAUCACCUCCCGGGGCUCUGUGGUCGACAUGAUGCUCAACUACGACGGCAGUGACGACGAGGUGCUGUGGGAGGAGCGUGACAUGACCAUGGGAGACUGGAAGGAGGGCCAGAUCUCCUACGCUUACGGCAAGAAUCACACGGUGAUCUUCGAGGGCAUCCCGGUGGACAACAGCGACAUCAGCCGCAGGUUCCGGGGCUACAUCGCCGUCGACGAGCUCAGCUUCGUCGACUCUGAUCAGUGCAGCGUCUUCUGUAACUUUGAGGGAGGCACCUGUGGCUGGACGCAGGACUCCAAUGAUGACUUCGACUGGACGCUGAGUCGAGGAAGUCUGAAUCCGUCAACAGGUCCCCCACGAGACCGCUCCUCCUUUGCCAAGGAUGAGAUGAUGGGAGGCUACGCCUUCAUCGACUCCGGCUACCCCAGGAGGCCUGGUGACAGGGCCAGACUCAUGAGCCAGGAGUUCCAGAGUACAAAGUAUAUUGAGGCUGGCUGCGCCACCACACUGUUGCUUCCACGUGCUGGUAUGAGAUGCAGUUGGCGUAGAGUCUGCUUGAUCGUGUUCGAGGGCGUGGUUGGCAACAACAACCUGGGCGAUAUUGCCAUCGACGAGAUCACCAUCAAGCAGGGGGCGUGCCCCAGCGCACCACAGGUAGCGGCGGCGAAGAGUGGUGACUGUACCUUCGAGGUCGACGAGUGCGGGUGGUCGAACCCGGGUCCGCGGGAAAGACUGGAUGAAAUGGACUGGGUGAGAACCGUGGCAGCAGACAGUCGCGUCCCCAUCAGAGACCACUCCAUGGGCACCCAGCAAGGUUACUACAUGACGAUGCCCCGAGGAACUGUCCAGAGAGGAGGAGACCGGGCCUGGCUCAUCUCCAAGACCAUGAAGGGCUCGACCCAACCCAUGUGUAUUAUAUUCUGGUACUUCAUGUACGAGCCGUUCAUCGACCCGUCGGGGCCGUCCCUCGGGUCCCUGAUGCUGCACAUGAGGUACGAGAACAAGGACGGGGACAUGGUGCUGCAGCCGGUGUGGGCCCUCAAGAACCACCAGGGACCCAGCUGGAUGCACGGCCAGGCCAAGCUCCUCAACGACAAUGACUUUGUGGUGGCGUUCGAGGGAGUGUGGGGCAGCAGCCGGGGCACCGGGUUCAUCGCCUUGGACGACAUCACCAUCUUCAGCGGUGACUGCUCCACCAAGCCACAGAAGGCGACGACGAGCGGCGGGGACUGCGACUUCCAGCGCGAUGCCUGCCUCUGGAAGAACGUAACUACCGAUGCAGACUUCCGCUGGACCACCGCCUCCAUCUCCCGCCGACCUGCCAACCUUCCCGACCACACCUUCGGCGGCCCUAUCGGAUACGCAUACUUCGACGUCUUCAACCAGAAUGCUCGUCCUCAGAGUCUCAUGCUCCUCUCCCCGCCCAUGGACAAGACCUCGGACAAUUCUCCCAUCUGCUUCACCUUCUGGUACGCCUACUUCGGUGCCAGUGAGAGUACCAAGCUGAAGGUCACUAGGGAGUCCUACGACAAGGCCGCCGAAGAGGACAAGAGGACUGGUACUCCUGUUGAGCUGUGGGUGCUGGAGGCGAAGACUGUUGGGACGCAGCGGCCGGAGUGGCAGUUUGGACAGGUGGAGGUCGACGCCUCGACCGACUACAGGGUGUCCGUGGUGGGCAUGGCGACCAACGGCGGCUUUGCCAUCGACGACAUCAAGACCUACAAGGGGGCCUGCCGCAUUCGGCCAACAGCUGCCAACCCAACGACGCCGCCUGCUGCACCAAACCCACCCACGUAAACCCCUGACAUGGUCUCCAGUGCAAGUGGAGAACUAGUAUUGGGCCUUAGAAAAAAGGAAGCGAAAGGCCUUAUUCAAAAUCCUUAUACAUAAGAGUGCACAUUUAUAAUUCUUUCAAAUUUGAAAUGCAUUAAUCAUUUACACAAGACUAGCAUUAAAAAUAAUACUGAUGAUAAUUAUUAAUUAUUUUAGAACGGCAACGUCCUCUGUGACAUAUUGCAUUAAUUAAAACGACAAUUUAAAGAUCA